GCGCCACCCCUUUGCCUCCGCGCGUCCAAAGGGCCCUGACAUGCAGCCUUGAGGCGGGGCCGGUGUGGGCUGACGGUGCGAAGACGGUUUGCUGGGUUGGAGACGUUUCCCGGCCUGAGCGAGCCAAGAAGCUGAACGGGGCUGCUGCUCGAGCCUCCGCUCCCCCGGCCAGGCGUGCGCGGCAUGGAGCGGCUCGCUGGAGAUUGACUCGUUCUCCUCAUCCCGCAAGGGGCUCGGAGCGCCUGCCCCCCGGCGCUCUAGAAGCCAGCGCGGCUGGAGCCCCCUCCACACGGGGGCUGUUCUGCGAUGACGAUGAGCCGGGCGCUGCUCCAGUUUCUCAUGACCUGCGGCUUGCUAGGGACGCAGCCCAGCCGUUGCCAGGAGCCCCAAACCCCGGACUGGAGGAUGACGCUGAAGACCAUCCGGAACGGCGUUCACAAGAUAGACACUUACCUCAACGCGGCGCUGGAUCUGCUGGGAGGAGAGGAUGGGCUCUGUCAAUAUAAAUGCAGCGAUGGAUAUAAGCCUUUCCCCCGAUAUGGCUAUAAACCUUCACCACCCAACGGAUGUGGUUCUCCCCUCUUUGGUGUUCAUUUUGACAUUGGCAUUCCUUCGAUGACAAAAUGCUGCAAUCAACAUGACAGAUGCUAUGACACCUGUGGUAACCACAAAAAUGAUUGUGAUGAGCAAUUUCAGUAUUGCCUCUCUAAGAUUUGCCGAGAUGUACAAAAGACAUUAGGAAUACCUGAGAGUGUACAAGCAUGUGAAUCAACAGUUCAGCUGUUGUUUGAUGCAGUCAUACAUUUAGGAUGCAAGCCAUACCUUGACAGCCAAAGAGCAGCUUGUAUGUGUCGAUAUGAAGACAAGAGGGAUCUUUAAAGAUGCUUGAAACCUGGUUCAAGAUCAGCCUUCGUUGCUAGAGCCCUUUUUAGUUUUUUAUGUUUUAUUUUGAUUUGUUACAAUGCUGUUGGAAACAUGUGAAACGAUUGUCUUCCACGAUUGUUUUGUUUUUAUAUAGCACUUCUUAUUUCCAUCGCCACUUUUAGAUAGAUCCUUAAUUUUUAAGGAUCAUUUGUGUAUGUCUUUUAAGCCAAUGCUAAUAUUUUGUCACUUGGUUUUGGAGUGAUGGUAUGAUUAUGGAUAAGCACUGCUCUAAACUACUUAAAAGAUCUUAGUGGGGUGGAGGAGAUGAAGACCCAUAAAAUUGCAUUGGAAUAAUAUAGUAGGUCAAACUUUGGAUUACCAGCACUGUGUCUCCUUAGUGCCUUGAUUUUAUUGGCAAGCAGGAAUAUCUCAAAUGUUUGUGGGUUCUGCUUGCAAUCUUGUGUCUUAUAUUAGUGUGAGGGUGGGCCAUUACUUUCAAUAGAUCUCUUUAGUUAUGUUCAUGCUAUGUUUUUAAAAAUACUCAGUUGGAUGUUUUAAGUAUUACCCCAAUGCCAUUGAGGGUAUAUGUAUCCAUUUAUGAAGCAGACUAUCCUCAGGUGCCUGUACAAUUUUAAAACUUUGAAAUAUUUUUGAAAUGUUCAGUAAAUUAUAUGUUGGCUUUCUAGAAUGUUUGUGCAAUUUCUCAAGACAACAAAAAAGUUUUUUUAAAAAAAAUCAGUCAAUUUAGUCAAACGUUUCAAACACAAAUAUAUUCUGUGCAAUACAGGCCUCUUAAGACUAUUACAAAAAUAGAAUCUUACUGGCCAGAACAAACAUACUGGUCCUUUUAUUCUAUGCAAGUUUCAAGUCUAAAUACAAUAAUAAUGAACAUA